CGGGAUGACACGGGACGGUGCGGUCGCGUCCAUGUGUAUCUCUCGCUAUUGUUAUCGUUUAAGAGAGUAUCUCGCGUGUGAAUACAGUGUGUACGCGAUGGAAAUACUGCAGUGAUGGAAUACAGUGACGGAAUGCAGUGACGGAAUGCAGUGAUAUAUGGAAUACAGUGACGGAAUGCAGUGAUGGAAUACAGUGACGGAAUGCAGUGACGGAAUGCAGUGAAGGAAUACAUCAGUGACGGAAUGCAGUGACGGAAUGCAGUGAAGGAAUGCAGUGAAGGAAUACAGUGACGGAAUUAUGCAGUGAUGGAAUACAUGUGAAUCACGAAUACUUUGUGUGGAGCGUCCGCGUUGGAGUACUAGCGAUCCGGAGCUGAUCCUGAUGUGCUCCGUGGAGCACCGCGAACAAGGAGCCGCUGUUCUAGCCCGGAUAUUUUCUAGCCAGGAAUGCCAGGGUACGUGUGCAAGGAAGGAUCAUCGCCAGAAAAUGCCAUCGAUCGUCAAAAGAGACACAAAUGUCUCUAAAUCGAAAAACGGAGAAAUGCAAUGGAGCAUUGUUCCAACCGAAUCGGAGGCAUCUCUCUCUGGUACCGAUAAUAAUAACAACAACAACGAUAGAAGUAUCACAACGGACGUGAGUUUAACCAAAACAGCAAAAACAACAACAGAGAAGACCAUCGAAAGAGAAAUUCAGCAAAUCAAGGAUAGUAUCGUAGAAGAAACUGGAAUACCGGCAUGGGGUCUUGUUGCUAUUUUAAUAGUGGUAGGCGUAAUUGUUCUCGGCAUCUGCUUUUGCUGCAUACGAAGAUGUUGCCGCAAACGACGUUCCAAAGAUGGCAAGAAGGGAUUAAAGGGUGCGGUGGACCUAAAGUCCGUGCAGCUUUUGGGGAGCACAUACAAGGACAAGGUCCAGCCGGAUAUGGAAGAAUUGACGGACAAUGCCGAAGAACCGGACGAAGCUGAGAGUAAGCAGAGCGAAGUUAAGCUUGGAAAACUACAGUAUAAGCUCGAAUAUGACUUUAAUUCGAACAGUCUCUCCGUGACAGUAAUACAAGCGGAAGAAUUGCCGGCAUUGGACAUGGGUGGCACGUCAGAUCCAUAUGUAAAAGUGUAUUUAUUACCGGAUAAAAAGAAAAAAUUCGAGACGAAAGUUCAUAGAAAGACGUUGAAUCCAGUCUUCAACGAAACUUUUACGUUUAAGGCUGUUCCUUAUGCCGAUGCUAUGAAUAAAACUCUGGUCUUUGCUAUCUUCGACUUUGAUAGAUUUUCAAAACACGAUCAGAUCGGUGAAGUGAAGGUGCCGCUCUGUCAAAUAGAUCUAGCGCAAACGAUUGAAGAAUGGAGAGAAUUACAGAGUGUUGAAGGUGAAGGUGGACAGGAUAAUAAACUGGGUGACAUAUGCUUUUCAUUGAGAUACGUACCAACGGCCGGAAAGUUAACAGUGGUUAUUUUGGAAGCUAAAAAUCUGAAGAAAAUGGAUGUUGGUGGCCUCUCAGAUCCUUACGUUAAGAUCGCGUUAAUGCAAAAUGGAAAGAGAUUGAAGAAGAAGAAAACGUCGAUCAAGAAAUGCACUCUUAAUCCGUAUUACAACGAAUCAUUCACUUUCGAGGUACCCUUCGAGCAGAUACAGAAAGUGCAACUCGUCGUCACCGUAGUAGACUAUGAUCGCAUUGGCACAUCGGAACCGAUCGGAAAGGUGGUCUUGGGAUACAAUGCGAGUGGAACGGAAUUGAGACAUUGGUCCGAUAUGUUGGCGUCUCCGAGGCGCCCGAUCGCUCAGUGGCAUACGCUGAAGGAUCCCGAAGAUGGAGAUAAGAAGGAUUAAGAACAUUGAUUUUCCAAUUAAGAUAUAUAAGACGAGAAUUGAUGAAGGAUACGCUGUUGAAGACAUUCCUCGGUCUUUUUCCUAUGUCUCCCGAUGUUUUGAAGUUGAUGUGUCGCGACCUAUAUACCUUUUCUAUUAAUGAGUACCGUGUUACGGAAAUCCAAGUAUACCGACAUCGUUAUCCAUUUCCGAAAAAUAACAGAAGCGUAACGUUAAGAUAUAUUUCUAUUCAAUUAGUUUUACAUUUUAAAAAAUGCUGCAUAUAUUUAAUUUUAAUAAUUUAUUUUGAAACUUUUUCCAUUUUAAAAAUCAAUGGUAAAAAUUUAAUUGAAUUAACAAAUACAGAUUGUAUGUUUUGCAAUCAAUUGCACAAUUAUUAUGUAUUGGUGACAAUUCUAUGUAUAUGUAUAUAUGCUUUGUCGUUAGGCUAAUGUCAGUUCGAAGUGGAAGAUCGAGAAAACAAGUGUUGAAAUUUCACGUACGGAAUGAGACCCUCGUUGAUAUCGUCACUUGUUGAACAAACAAAAUCCCAUUUCGCAAAUUGUCAAGUGGCAGAUAAUCGCCGAUCAGAAAUUUUCUCCGGAACGGGUCGAUCGGUGAAGAUCGAUUAUCAGGAAACGACACCGCAUAGUAUCACGCGUGCAAACCGUAAAUUUUAUCAUCAAGCGGUUAGAGUGUUAGAAUAACGAUGUGUAAAGACUAUAUUUACUUUUAUUGUCUUUUAACGUGUCGCAGGCCUUGGAAUAAACUUUCAAUCCCCAGAGUUUUCAUCUUAUGAUCGCAAAUCGUGACUCGUCGCGCGUCGCUGAUUUUCUCACACGAUACGACAACGAGAUCGCGAUCCGUGCGAUCGUAAAUCCCUCAUUCGUGCGAUACACGAAUGUCGUGUUACCGAAUUUGGUUCUAUCGUUUAUUCAGGACCAAUUAUUGUAAACGAUAAUGUACCGGUAUAGCAUAUGCGAGAGGCAUAUUAUUACGCAGCAGCAUUGUACUUAGAACAUAUUAACGAGAAUUCAUGAAAUAUACAUAUUGUUGAAAAACCGUGAGAAUGAUGUCGACCAAGAAAUAAUUGCAAUACCGAAUAUAAUAAUUGUGAUUUAUUUUAUUGAGCAUUGCAAAAUUAUUUAUUAUUGAAAUAGAGUUAAGAUAGAGAAGUGUGAUAAAGAAAUUAAAAAUUUAAAUUAUCCCUGAAUAAAACAAUUAGAUAUUAAAUUUUAUUUCAAAUAAAUUAAGUGCUUUCGUCCAAUUUGUUUUAAUCUAUCUAUUUUUAAGAAAGAAAAAAAAACAGUAGUUAUGUGUUUCCAGAAUCGUGAAACACAAGGAGCUGUGCACUUAAUUUUUACCAUUGCAUUUUCGAACCGUGUAAACGUUAGUUUGUUUGCAAUUUUGCAUCGGAAGCAUGGAGCAUUUAUUACUAUUAUCGAGCAAGUAUGUAACAGUUUAAUGUCCUUCCGUCACUUUCAAAGUAAUUUCAUCGCUUACGAAACGAUUUCCGCCAUUGAUGGCGCCAAUGGAACAGCGAUCCAGUCGACGCCAUUGCUCGCGAGUUAAAAAUUUAGUUAAAAAUUUAGAAAUAGAUCUAUUUCCUUUUUGGCUGUGCUUUUUCAUAUUAAAAAAAUAGAUAUUGUUGUUAAGAGAAAGAAAGGAAAAGAGAAGUAAGCAUAAAAGGUACAGCCGAAAGGAAUGGAUUUGAUAAGGAGAACACACACCACGUACGUCCUAUAUGAACAGUGUCACUCAUUGUAUUGACAUCGUCAUUAAUAUCGAUUAUUACCAUUUACGAGUAACUUAUUUAACUAGAGGUGGUAAAAGAGAGAGAGAGAGAGAGAGAGAGAGAGGGAGAGAGAAUAUAACGUGGCAAACAACGUGCACUGUGUAGUGUGAUAAUCAUAGAUAGAUCAUACGUGCUGAUCUCAGGAUCAUAUUGGGCGAAACACGCGAUUCAUCAGGAAAUCAAGAUCGAUUCUUUCCAGCAGGCUCGUAGAAAAAAAGAAUAAAUAUGCACGACCAGAAUAGCAGAACAAAUAUAUUGCAACUAAUAUAUAAUCGAUAAAGAUUCCACAAACAUCCUCCCUUAAAAAAGAAAAUAUAUAUCGAUUAUUUGAAAUCAAUAAUUUAGAGAUGUCGACACUUUUUGUCACCGAUCGUUUGAGCUGAUUUCAACGGGAAAAAUCACAAAAUGCGAGAGUGAUUUUGUGAAAAUAAUUAUAUGCUCCUGCGAAUGUUUCGAGUGUAUCACGAGCGAAAAAGGGAAAGAAAUACGGAUUUUCGUUUAAUUUAAAUAAUCGAUAUAUGUUAGCGUUAAAUCCCCGUUCAUGCACAUAUAUAUGCCGAUUGUUGGGCAACAGCACGUAGUACGCACGAAAAAUAAAAGGAUGUAAAUAAAGCGGAACACGUAAAAAGAGCAUUUGUAAAACUGUAGUUUAGUCUGAAUAUAACGUCCUCGAAAUGCGAUUGGCGAGUUUAUCGAAAAUGAUAUGUUUUUAUCUCUGUAAAUUUUGUUUUACAUGUGAAAAUAGUCGAACGAUGGAUGAUUCGACAAUGAUUUGGUAUGUCUCGUGACAUAAUCACAAGCCUUACCGAUAAAACUACUUUCUCUUGUUGUUAGCUAAAAAAAUGUCAAGGAUAACGCAGCACUAUACGAUUUUAUUAGUUAAAUCAAAAUGUCAGUUGAAUAAGCAAAAAAAUUUUAAGAGAGAAACUAACUGGAUGUGUUUGUCAAAUUUUUGACUUAUUAAGAUAAUAUAAUGUUUUGAUCUUUUCAUGGAAUCUUGUUUUUAUAAAAAUUUAUCGAUUAUUCCUCAACGUACUAAAUACGAUCGAUCAAUCUUUUUUUAGAGUUUAUUAUCGAACAACUGCGAUUGUGUGUUAUUCAUUACCUACAUUGUAGUCGGUUAUUGUUAUAUGCGAAAAAGAUUCUUGCACUCAAAUUAAAUUUCGAAAGAGGGGAUAGUAUUGUCCACUUUUACGGUUUAUCGCGUUUUUACCCGUAUAAUACCGCGUAUUAUACUUUGGUUUUAGCUCACGUGAAAUCGCUGAACGCGAAAUCUUCAAGAUGAUGCUCGACGAACGCCGCAAACGAUGCUCGUCGAAUAUCGAGAUUGGGGUCGAUGAUAUUUAAAACAAUCCGGAUGCAUCUUUGCCUAUGUACGUAUCUAUGACGUGUACUUGCGUGUGGAGAUUGACGUCGCGAGCAUCGUGAUCGUGGAGAGAUCAUAUCUCUAGAGAAUAUACAUAAUAACUCGCGAAGGUACUACCUUCAGGAAAAGAGAAAGAAAAAUCGAGGCUGCGGAGGAGCCUUCGACUUGAAACGAAGAUGUAUCAACUUGUAAUCAUCUCAUUGCAUAUUAUACAUACUAUUAAGGUUUAGUGCGGCAGUAUAUUGUAAAUCCAUAGAAGUUAUUACUAUACCGUAAUAAUUAUUAUGUAAUAAAUAUUGUUGUUAACAUAA